AUGGAUAAAAUAGGAUUCUGGAAUACCAGAGGUCUAAACAGGUCUAACAAGCAAAGGGAAAUGCAGUUGUUCAUGAGAAAAGCAAAAGUUGGACUGUUUGGACUUCUGGAGACUAAGAUUAAGAGAGCUAAAACACAACAAGCUUAUCUUAAUCUGUGUAAUGGGUGGGAAUUCACAACUAAUCUAUCUGCCCAUCCUGGGGGUAGGAUAUGGUUAUUCUGGCAGCCUCAAAUAUUUGAAAUGGAUAUAGAAAUGGUGACAAAACAGCUAAUACAUAGCAAGGUGACACACAAGGGGACUGGAAGGACAAUGAUCAUCACCAUGGUGUAUGGGUUUAAUGAUCAAGCUAUGAGGAGAAGUUUAUGGGAUGCCAUACAGCAGAUUAAUGAUCGUAUAACAGGGCCCUGGGGGAUUAUGGGAGAUUUUAACUGUAUACUAAAACAGGAAGAGCGAUUGGGAAGUCCGGUAACACUAGCAGAGAUUAGAGAGUUCACUGAAUGUGUAGACAGAUGUGGGCUGCAAGAUCUUAAAUCCUCAGUAUCCUACUAUACAUGGAGCAACAAACAAAAAGGAGAUGACAGAGUGUAUAGUAAAAUAGACAGAGUCCUGGUAAAUACUGACUGGAUAACACUGCUGCCUACAUCAAGGGUUCACUUCCUUAAUGAAGGUCUGUUUGACCAUUGUCCUGCCAUCAUCAGCUGGGAGGAUGGGAAUAAAGGUGUGGUGAGACAAUUCAAAUACUUCAACAUGUGGAGUAGCGCACCAGAUUUCAAAGAAAAAGUGGAACGAAGUUGGAAUGAGCAUAGCAUGGGCAGGAAAAUGUUCAGAGUAAGGGGGAAAAUGCAGAGGUUGAAGAAAGUAUUACUACAGUUAAACAAAGCGAGAUUUAGUGAUAUAGAAGUACAAGCGGAGAAGGCAAUGACUAGGUUGACUAAAUGCCAACAUCAGAUACAGCUGAAUCCACAAAAUAAGCAACUAAUUGAUAAAGAAGUCCAAUUGGCUAAUGAAUGCUUGAAGGUGCAGAGGGCUAGGGACCAGGUUUUGCAACAAAAAUGUAAGGUGGCAUGGCUGAAGGAGGGAGAUCAGAAUACUAAAUUCUAUCAUAGCUUCUUAAAAGCCAGAAGAAACACAAAUAGAAUAUUUACCAUAAAAAAUAAGGAGGGGGUAUAUAUAACAGAAGUGGAGGAUAUUAGCAGGGCCUUCACAGAAUACUAUACUGAGCUAUUGGGAACUGCAAAUGAAAAUAGACAACAUGCUGAUAGUGCCAUGAUAAGGACAGGGCCCAUACUGAAUGUCGACCAAAGAAGUAUGCUAGCAGCCCCUUUUAAUGACCAAGAUGUGAAGGCUGCACUAUGGGCUAUAGGGAAUGAUAAAGCCCCCAGCCCAGAUGGAUAUGGGAGCAAGUUCUUCAAAGACAGCUGGGAUAUUGUUGGAAGGGAUGUAACGGCUGGAGUCAUGGAAUUCUUUGAACAUGGCCAAAUGAUUUAG